AGAGCGAGAACGUAUUUUGGCGUGCGCCGUAUCCUGGUCGUCUGCAUGUAGGACUCGAGCUUCGGGGCCUCGAAAGGAUGAGGCGGCUCGACGACGGCCAUGCUCAACGACCGCCUCCGUUCCGGGUGCUCGCGGCACCCGACGGGAACAACUACCUGUCGCCGACCGCGGUACCGCCGCCGCCGCCGCGUGCACCCGAGCCGUACAAACUCGCGCCAUCCACGGCGUCCUCCUCGAGGGCGCACCGCCGAUCCAGUUUCGUGAUCAUCGCGGAAUCGAGGCCCGCUUCGCCGGAGGCGCGAAGCCCGUCGCCGACAUUGCUCACUGGCCGGGUCUCGCCCUUUCGAGGACGCGGUUUCAAGGGGCCGCCGUCGCGAUCCAAGUCCAGGCCGCAGUCUCCGGAAGUUGGGGAUCCUCGUAAGAAAAGCAGAAACGAUCGGAGAGUUUCAGUAUCGCAACACAGCAGUCCGAGGAGAAGUCUGAUUCCGCAACCGGCUCGGCAGCGCUCAACGUCUCUCAGUAAAUCAACGGAGCGUCUUUCCUCGCCGAAAGUUGGCCGUCGCGUCGACUCGCGUACUCGCCUGAAUACCACGGAUUCCAGAAAUCGUUUGAACGCUUCCGGAAACAGUAACAGUGUGACGAACCUCGCCAGCCAACGUCGACAGGUCUCCAAAACACCCAGCAAGCUAUCACCGAUCCAAGGAACACCGACGAAACCGGAAAAGACGCCACUGGCGACGAAAAGGGACCGCUCGAAGGAAUCCGCGAGGCCAUCGCCGGGGAAGCAACAGAAAUUUACGCCGUCUCCUUCGAGGAAUGCGUGGAAUGCGAAGAAACAGAACCAGGAAAGAAUGGCCACUUCUGGCAAAACAGCCAGUAAGGAACGACUAACGUCCCCGUCCAAAAUCCCAUUAAAAGCCAAUAGAAUCAGCUCGAAUUCUUUAAAUCCGCCCAGGUUCAUCAAUGUCUCUCAAGCUAACGAGAAGAGUAAGAAAGCGGUCGAUAAAGGGUCCAACGAGGUGCGUGCGAGCAAUGGGCAGACAACGGAAUCCAGUCAAAAUAGUAAACAGUCUCAAGAGGGAUCGAAAGGUUCUCAAAUUAGCGAGAAGAAUUCGAGUACCGAUCGAAGCGGCGAUUUGGAUCUCAUUGAUCUAUUGAAACAAACGUCCGGCGCCAAAGGGACAUCGAGCGUGGUCACCACGACGGCAACUACGGCCGUCCAGCCACUACAAAUCGAUGCCAGCGUGGUUCAGUCAGAGAAAGAUAUCUCCGAGAGGAAAAGUCCCUCUGAGAAGACGAAGAGUCAACAAGAUCUGUCCGUUAGCAAAUCUUCCAAUUCAACGAACGACGAUACCGUCUCUAGGCAAACGCAAAACUCUCAGAUCGUUAACGGCGAGGAUAAUCGUCAGGUGAAUUCUCAAACCUCGAAACCCGGUAAAGCUAACAGUAAUUACAGUAGAACAAAGGGUGGAACAGACAGUAGGACAAAUUCACCGCUUCCCACGGACGCGGUCGGCGGUCAUUCGAAGAGUAGCAGUAUCAGCCAAUCGAUAAAAAGCGUGACGAAGUUAAACAGUGCGGUGAGCAGCACCGGUUCGGCGACGUUGCGUUCGAAGCUGCAGAACGCGGUGAACGAGCAGAAUCCGAAAAACUCGAGGUUGUCCGAUCAGAAGAUCGAGGAAUCGAACCCGGUUCCGCCGGCAUCGAUGACCAAUUCGUCCAAGGGCAACGGGAUGGAACCGGCGAACGGUUCUACCAGAAAUUCCUCGAGUACGGAUACUCAGAGGACAGUGGCUUCCAUCGCGAGUGUCUCGGUGAAACAAGAGGACGUGAGGACGGUUACCAAAUCGAACGAAUCCGAAAUGAGCGCGGCCGCGAGAAACGCGAAAAGUAAUUCCGUUACCGAGCAGCCCGAAGCGACAACCGUGAAGGCGAACAACGUGUCGAAUAGUGCAGUGAGUAACAAUUCGAAAAAUAACAGCGCUGGCGUGAAAGCUCGUACCGAUAAUCACGGGAGCGGCACGUCCGUGAAAUCGUCCGCGGGGGUGUCGGUAGAUUCGAUCGAGACCGUUCGAUCGACGGAUACUGGUGUGAGCGUGGACACCGUUAAAGGGGUGUCCUCGCCGAGGGAAAAAACCGGAAUGCACGUGGUGAAACGGCCGCAGGAGAUUGAGACGCUGAGCGGGAACGUGAUGCACCUAGAGCAAAACGGCGAGCCAGCAGUUCCGACAGCCGCGAACGGUGUCGGCGAACGAGCACCCGAACGAUUUUUCACCCGUUGGAAACGAUCCCUGAGUCGUUGCUGCGAGUGUUGCCCGAGAAUGAGGUGCCUGGCGUGUCGCACGGAUCCCAAGGGGUUUGCCUGGACCAGGAACCAUGCCAGGAUGACCACGAUAGUGAAUCGGGACGAGCAACAACAACAACAACCCCCGGCCAGCGACAGCGUGCCCGCCGGUUGCUGGUCGAAAUUCAAAAACAGAUGCAGAUGUAAACGACUCAGGGAGAUGAAAUGUUGCUCAAGAAGAUCAAGGGUUGCGCCGGCCGAAGCUACAGCUUGCUGUCCACCGGAGAGGAGAUUCGGCGCUAUUUGUCGUCGAUUGUUCGACAGAUGCAAAUGCAAGCGAAACGCCGACGCAGAACGCACAAGAAAUAUACGUGCCAAGCACAGUCUUACUAGCGUAGCACCACCCCCGUUGUCGGAGGAGCCGAAAGCUAAGAUACCGGAUGUCUUGGUAGAGCACAAUUCACUAAUGCGUGGCGCUAUUCCGUGUCUACCGGUUCCUCUCGCCUGGUUUUGUCUCGUGUGGAAUGUACUAUUUCCUGGUUCUGGUACCGUUUGGAGCGGUAUUUUCAAUUUGUGCUCGGGCCAGCCGAGAUUUUCGUCAGUCGCCGGAGUGAAAUCGAGACUAGGCGCGUUCGUGGUGAACCUAAUGGUCGGGAUGGGUCAAUUAUUCACUGUUUUAUUCUGCCUAGUUGGGUGGGGCUGGAGUAUUUGGUGGGGCGUCACUUUGGUCCGCUUAGCAAGGAAGUAUAAGAGAUUCAAGGCUUCCGAGGCGGCUUGCAACGAUCCGGAGAGAGGAGAACCCCCGGCUCUACCUCCCGGAGUACCGAGUCAAAUGUUAAGAGGGUUGGAACGGACGCGAUAAUUUUUGAACCAAUGAACACGAUUGCUCGCGCUUAUCAGACUCCGUGAAAUCGCCUCUUCUUUUUUUAUAUUGCCCGCCCUAGCGACUCUUCACUACGUGCCUUCUCGAAAAAACCGCAGAAAAAAUCGAAUGAAAAUUGGAAUAUCAUCGCUUGGCGAAUUUGAGAUAUUAUAAUGGUUUUUUCUUAACCGGAGGAAUUUUGCUAUGAAAGUUGGAAAGGGACGGUAAAAACGAUCGCUUCGUAUCGCGAUGGAAUAAAAUUAAAUUGUUAAAAGAAAUGACUUCGUAAAAGGCGAACGUUGAUUGAAACGAAAAAAAGAAGAAAUAAUAUUGGAAAAUAAAUAUGGAACGAUGUUUUCGUGGUUGAUCGAGGACCGAAACGAAGUUCUUGGAAAUUAAUCGCUUUCAGUGAAAGCAUAUACCUAUCCCAUGGCGUUCUUUCAAAAUGUACUCGUUGCGUCGGACAGAAAUUGCUCCUCGUUUUUGUCUUUUCCGUGUUUACAACGGUGAAGCAUUUCCCUUUGUUUUAAUGUUUUCCCUUUGUCCCUGCGUUCCUCCCGCGGUGAAAAACAAAGAAAGAAAUCCAUAUUUUCUCUUCACGAUUCUCCCUAUUUGGCUUAUUUUCGAUACAAAAGGGUACUUUACGUUCUCCGUAUACGUCGAUGGAAUAAAUACGUUUUGAAAAAACGCACUUUAUAUUUUUACAAGCGCAACACAUAUUAUAUGUAUACAUAC